GUGACAAAAUUUUUAGCUGGGGUCCACUGCAUUUCUUGUCCAUCAGGAGAAAGAUUUGUCCCUUCCCCUCCCUAUCAGAGGCUAUCUAGCAGGCAGAGAAGAGUGCAACCCUUUUACUGGAGUGGCAAGACGACUAUUAUCAGUAUUUAUUCGUAAUGAAAUUAGUUUUUGUACCGGAUUGAAAACUACAGAGGAAUUUCUUUUUGAAUUUCGGAAUAUAUACAAAGGUAACUACCCUAUUUGUUAAGGCAAUAUUUAUACACACACAUGUGGCCUCUCCGAAAACACACGUUUGAAUCACCACAGAGAAUGUAGUUCCGACUAUCCUAUGUACUGUUAAUUUUCAUUUCGGAAUUUAAAUUCGUACACAAUACUAUAUGGACGAGAAUUGCCAUAGUCAUUCAAUAAUGGGAAUCCUGCUAAAGCAAAUUUUUACGCAAGAGGAUGCCAAGAACCAGAUUAAAGCUACACGAUAUUAUUGCUGUUGGACUCAGUUAAAGAGCUCGGCAAUUUUAAGCAUAUUCGUUACAUUACCAGUAAUUUUGACAACAUCUGUGCACAGAAUUGCGAUGUCUGAUAACGUUUUCCUGCGUGAUCAAGAGUCUUGCGUCAAAGACGAUUAUUACAUGAUCGAUGUUUUCACUUAUGCACGACCGGCGACAAAUGGCGAAACAGGAUCACUGCACCAACUGGUCAUGUACGUCACCAGGGCCUUGGAGGACUCUGGCCGCCUUGAUAUUCUACGAGAGAAGCAACGUGACCAAAACAUAAUGAAGAUAUACUCAAACAGUUUCCGAUGGAAGAAGACACAAGGGGAAAACAUUAUAGCACAAUUGCUCUUGGGGGGCUUUCACGCUGACAAAAAGAUUGAAAGAAAGAAGGUCGACCAUAUGAAACUGGCAGAGAAUGUCGUCUUCACCUUGCCAGUCAGUGACGCCUCCAAAAUGACCGUGGAAGGAAACUUAUUGAAUGAAGAUGGAGAGAUGAUCUUGAAGAUAGGAGCAAUGAACGUAAACCUUAUCAAGUUUCAAGACGGUGAAACACGAGCUGGGAUAGAGCACGAGUAUAGUGGCAAUGAGGCAGUUGAACAAGAUGUAGCCACAUGAUGUCAAUUCUAACUAGUCUGUAGUAAGUUUUUUUUUCUUUAGUAGAGUAGAUUUGCACACGUAGAGGUUAUCACUUCAUUUUAUAUGAGGGGACUUCCUCUAAUAUAGCGAUCAAAAUCUUUUUCUGUUAUUUUGUCUUACUUUAUAUUCCUUUUUUACAUGCUAGAAACCAUAUUUAGCUUUUUUAACCCUAUUGCUACUUCGAAAGUUUUUCCUUGUGCUUUUGGAGGGCGGGACCUGAACCCUACAGAGAUCUUAAUUUACAGGUUGAGGUGAAAGAGCUGAGUUUGGUUUGUUAAACAUAUAAGUACCUAUAUCAGGAUUUUUGUUUGAUAUAAUCAGCUUUGCUUUAGAGAGAGAAUGGCAAAAUCGUUGAGAUUCAGCCCCACCCAUUCUCAGCUAAUAUAGAAAGUUGAAUUCGUACUCGUAAAGGUUUUCUCUUAAAGAAUUUGUCGAGAAGAUAAGUCGGUUUCCUCUUAGUGAUUUUUUUCUAGCUUUUUGUUAUUCGUGGAGCUAAAAUUGAGCUGUCGUAGGGACGAGAGUAAAAUAAUCGAUAUUGACUGUAAGUAUAUGGACUGACUAGGUAAGUUAAAACUUUGAGCGACAUAAUUCCUUUUUGUUCGUUACUUCAGUUGAAAUUGAAUGAGGAGGAUAAUCUUCAUGUUAUUAAUUAAACUAGUUUUGAACACAAUCAAUUCAGCGUUCCAGGAAAGGAGAACGGUGAGAAUGUGGACCUAACUGUGAAACGAUAUGAGAAGACCUUUACACCUGGAGGGCAGCAAAAAUGAGUUGAGUUAACGAACUGAUCUACAAUUGGGAUGAUUAACAAUUUUUCGGGAAGUCUUUGUUGCCGCUUCUCAGUCAAAUAAUUCAGUUAGGAAUCAACUUAAAUCAGAGAUGAGGGUGUCACGUGGUUGUAUCGUUGAGUAAUUUCCCUUCCUCUGAUAUUUAAUUUUCGAGUUGCGAUAAAAUUUGCCUUUUUUGGAAGGGAAAUGAACAACGGUGGAUGUACAUAUCGCUUUAGUAGCGUGGUGCAGCGCUGCUAUUUUUUGUGCGUGAUAUGGCGGUGUAAAUUAGAGGCUUCAAUUGUGUUUCAAUGAGGACAAGAUAAUUUGGUUAUAUCAGCUGGGUUGAUCACGUAAAUUGGCCACCGUAAAGAGUUUCUAUAGAUGACGUUUCGAGCGUUAGCCCUUCGUUAGGGCGAAAAACUUUUAUAAGAAUAUCUUCCGUUUCAAUUUGGUAAAUUUGGCUGACUAGAUGAAAGCUUUUGCCUGCCAUUUCCAAAGGGUCAAAUAUGUACUUUGAGAUGAAUGCUAAGCAAAGAAAGUGCUUGAACCUCCCAAUAAUGUUUCGCAAAGCAAGAGCAUUAAAAAAAAGAAACCUUUAAACAUUUUGUCCGAGGGAAAUAAACGUGCUACGGCAUGAGUUGGUUAUGUUGCCCUGUGCGAUUGAAAUUGAUCACAAAUGGAUUUGAAAUAUAUUUUAACUAGUGGAUGAUGACGCAUUUGUUGUCGCUGGUAAACUGAGUUUGAUGCCACAUACGAUGAAGGCACCUGUAAGAAAUUCGGCUUGAGCUGUGCUUGUACGCUCUCAGAUACCUGUUGUGUCCUUCUAACAAAUAAGCCACGAAGCAGCACGGUAGGAGCAGAAUUAUAAUGAACAGAAAAAAGAAAACAAACACAAAAAAACUAAAAAAACAAACAAAAACAAA